GGUGGGCGGUGCGGCGGGGCCGCUUCCUCCCGGCGCGGAGCGGCAUGGAGCGGACAUUCUUCCUUCCCUAUCCCAUGUCCAAGGCUCCCCAGGGUGUGUUCCAGGAGGAGCUGAAGUGGUGCAUUUCGCAGCUGGAGGCAGAUCUCCACCUCAUCCCACCCCCAAAACCAGUAGAGGAGACCCAGCACAUUGUCAAGGUCCUGCGCUCCUCUGAGACUCCUCUUGCAAAGAAGCAACAAGUGAUGAGUGAUGUGUUUGGGGAUUAUUGUCUCAGCAUGGCUGAGGGUCAGGAGAGCAUGGAGAAAGCAGGCAUGAAACCUGGUGCUCUGGAAGUACAGCCAAGCAGUGGGCAGGCUGCAGAUGCUAUGAAACAGUCUGACCCAAGCCCUGAGGCAAAACCAGAGCUGUUCACAUCAUCUGGCAGCAGCUUCCGAUUUGAUUUUACACUUUCUGAGACCAACCCAGGAGCAGACCCUGGUGACAGCAGAGCUGCCAAAGCCACCAAGCAGGAGAGCUGGAAUGGAGCCUUGAGGUUUGCUGCCUCUGGACAAGAACCCAAGUUUGCUUUCAACUUUGCCAUCCCAGAUGAAGACUGUCCUCAGCUCCAGCUACUUCCCUCAAGCCAACAUACAGGUCCUUCACUGCCUGCUGAAGCAGCAGCCCUGCCACGGGCUGCAGCCGUGCGGGAGCCCGAGGUGACUCAAGCUGCAGGGAGUGCACCCAAAGAGGACAGAAGCCAUGUCACAUCAAAGAUCCCCCAACCAGAGACUGCUCCUGCAGAUGAAGCAGCAACAGCGAAAUCAACAGGAGAUGAAGCUGCCCAGAAGAAGAAAAAGAAGAAGAAACAAAAACCACCAGUCAGUAAAACAGAGAGAGAAGAAACUGAGACCAGCAGGAAAGCAAAGACAGAAGCUAAGAGCUGUCAAAAUACAAAUACUUCCCAUCAGGAUGAGAAGACCUCCCAGUCAGAUGAGCAGCUGCAGAAGGAGCUGGACUGGUGUGUGCAACAGCUGGAACUUGGCUUGAAGACACAGAAACCCACUCCAAAGCAGGCUGAAGAGGCUCUCCGGGCCAUCAGGACACUGCGCAGUGACAAGGCUCCACUGGUAAAGAAGCGGCAGCUCAUGAGAGCCAUGUUUGGAGACUACAGGAAGAAGGUGCAGGAGGAGCUGUGCAGGGAGCUGAAGCUCAUGGAAACAGCUGCAAAGGCUGCCAGGAUCGUGGAGGUGAAGGGAAGCGUCUGCAAGAAGAAUGGCAAAUUCAUCCGGAAGUGCUCGGGAGCUUGCAGGAAUAGCCAGGGUUCAGCAGGAUUCCCUUCAGAGUCACCCAGGACGCUUUACACAGGCUUAUUCAAUGACACAGCUUCCAAAGAAGAAUUUCGCUUUAAUUUCUUCUAGGAAAGUGUCUUAGACUAAAACUGGUAAAAAAUCCCUGUGCCAGAUCCCCUGUAAACUGCAGAAUGGUGGAGAGAUGCUGUGCAGUAGGAAAUGUCAUCAGUAAGUCUCUUGAUCCUGUUCCAGAGUGCCUUAUCUAGAAAUCUAAACCAAAUCUGCCUAGUACUAUAUGACCCCAAGACUAAACCAGUGUAGUGCUCCUCUGUGCUCACACUGUAGAGAGGCACCUUUGAAAGGGUCAGCAGUGAAAGGAUCUGGUUUUCUUCUGUAGAAUUUACAUUAACUGUAAAAUCUCUCUUUUAUACCAUGAGAUUUUCCCAUUCUCCCGUGGUUUUUAAAUAGAGCAGAGGUUUCCUAGCAGCUGAGGCAGCCAUGCACACAGAGGGGAAUGGUUUGGAAAGAAGAUGCAGCUUCUGCGAAGAUCCAGCAGUGGAUCUUUGGAUGCUUCCACUCCAUGAGUCUGUGUGAAUGCGGCUUCUGGCAUCCAGCAAACACCAGCAACGCCAUCACUGACAUGAGGGAGUGGAGCUCAGGGGCUGGGGAGAGACUGAGUGAGAACCAUUUUUGCUGAUUCAUCUCUUUCAAUGGCAGAAACAGACUUAGAAUAAAACUGCAAAUGCUGGUUUAAUCCAGCCUAGGGAUGUAAGGACAGUUGUUUCCAGACAGGGAAAGGUUUUUGUUGCUGGAGCCAGGUUCUGGCCAGCUAGGAAGGGCGUACAAUGAGCUCUUAAAUAAAGUUUACUUUGUAAGUAGUCCAGUUACAACCACCAGUGACUCAGAGGUAAAAUCAGCUGCGUGCCAACCUUGGGUGGUGGUGAAAUGAACUGUCAGAGCCCAAAGACUCUCUUCCCCUUGAUUUGUAUUAAAUUUUGGCUUUUUGAA